AUGGCGGCAAAGCGGAGAAUUCGAAUGCAAGGGACCCUCGACGGUGGUCUAAGUUGGUUGGUUGUUUUUGGAUCAUUCAUGUCACAGUUUGCCGUUCUGGGAAUACACUUCGUUUUCGGCCUUUUGUACAUUGAUCUGUUAAACGAGUUUGGACAAAGCAAGGCCACCACAGGUGAGAAUGAGUUGCAGCGUAGUUGGGCCCCCUAGUUCACUGCCCGCCAUAGCCGCUGGCUGGAUUUUUUCUCGGUUUUCUCGAGUGAAACUCCUCGGCCACGCUUGAAAAUAGCCAACUGGUUUGCUUCUGGCUAGUUCUGAUUUUUAACCUUGCUAUGUUUAUUUCCAAAUUUUUGUUUCUGCCUUUAUUCGUGGUCCUCAAUGAAAAGUUAUGGGUCAGUAUCUUAUAUCCAUGUGAUGCAUCUGCAUUAUCGAAUAGCGAAGACUGGAAAUUAUUACCUCGCACGCAGGACUAGCACUCCAAACGGAAAAAUUUUAGUUUGGAGGUAGAGCCUAGUGGUUCGCUCUGACACUCACCGUAAAUUUCCCUCUUUAAUAGCAGUAGCUGUUUGGUCAACUGAAUCGCCAGCUCCACCCCUCGGCCACGCCUGUUUGUAGCCAACCGAUAGUCCAAUGUACAAUUUACAAUUUAGAUUGUUUUUACUUAAGCCAUGUAAUGAUGAAUUUAGGUUUGCCUGAUUGUAAGGUUUACAAUAACAGAGCCUUGACAAAUGCAGUCGAAACCCAACAUUAGCGUAUUGUAACUCCAAGAGCCGGGUUUAGCCGUCCGGUUAAAGAAAUUGCGGAACAAAGUAAAGAUAUAAUUUCACUGAUACUUUGAGCUAUUAUCAACGAGUUAGGAGAGUGUCAAAAAAGCGACUGUGACACUUUCAAAACGAUUAUUUUUUAAGUAUUCUGACAACUAACUAAAUUUUUUGCCGUCAGGCUUAGGUUAUGGUUUAUCCGAAGUCCCGUUUAUAUGGGGAAACGUUGUCCCGGAAAACAGGGUCACCCUCUCAUCCGAGUCAACUUCUGCGAGCGGUGCAUAUGAAAAAAAGGGUUGACCCCUUUACCCGAGCCAACAGCGUUCUCGCGCGCUGUGGUUGUCUUGCCUUGACCGAGGUGACCCGACCGGGUGGACCAAAAUUAUUAGGGUCAUCCGACUUUCGAGCUAAAAAGAGUGAACUUCUAGCCUAGUUAACUUUGUGUAUUUCAUGAAAACGGCUCGCCAACGUUUGUAAGGAAAUGAAGGAAACGUUGUGUCACCCAGGGUAGCUUAGCCUGGAUUACUCAUAAAGCGCCUGUUAUGCAGGCUAGGGUAGCUUGGAAACCUGAGUGACCUUUUUACCCGGGACAAGUUUUCUCCAUUAAACCGGGUCCUGAGACCCCGUUAGCUUGGUGUCCUCAUUAUUAUCCCUUGACAUUUCCGGAUUUGCAAUUGCAUUUUUUCAACAGCAUGGGUUGCUUCCAUUGCAUUCGGCGUCACUUUUCUCCUGGCACCUCUGAGUAGCUUGCUGUGCAAAAGACUUGGUUGCAAAGUAGUCAUGGCAGUCGGUGGAAUAAUGAUCGGAAUUGGCAUUUUUGUUUCCUCUUUCGUCGAUACGAUUUUCCUCAUGUAUGUCACAUAUUCGUUGAUAUUCGGCCUAGGAUCUAGCAUGUGCUACAUAGCUUCAAUUUUGGUACUUGGCGAAUACUUUAACAAAAAUUUAGUUGUUGCCAAUGGAAUCGCUCUGGCUGGAGCGGGCGUGGGAACCAUAUCACUUGCGCCCGCAUUGAGCCUUCUUCUGGACAAUUAUAACUGGCGUGAUGCAGUUCGUAUUCUCAGUGGAGCGUCACUUGUGCUACUGUGCUGUGCAUUUAUUUAUUAUUUGGUACCUUCGCCGCUGGAAUUUGUCGAUGCUGAGGACUACCAAGAAGAAAAAAAAUGUUUUGACUUCUCGUUAUUUAAGAACAAGGCUUAUGUUCUGUUGAUUGCUGUUGAUGGAUUGGUGUUAUUUGGAUUUUAUAUACCAUACGUUCAUUUGGUAAGUUUAUUCUCUAGUCAGCGGUGUUUAGUAGCUGUUAGUUAGCCCCUCACGCAAACGUUUUUAGGGCAUUACACACGGUAGGAAAUCAUGACGAAGCCCUUAGAAUGUCUGCGUGGGACGCUAGUAGAUAUGUAUGCGGCGCCUUGAUUCACGGAGUAUUCCAUCAGAGAAAUACUGAAGUUCAGCGGUUGGCUGCUCUGAGGUGAUCAGAUAGUAGGGAUGAUGUGUAAGAGAAAGGCACGCGAACACAUGAGACAUUUUCUAGAAAUCGAUUGCAUGCCUAGCAUUUUUUCUAAAACGGCAAACGCCUACUUAUUUUAUUAUUGUCGUUAUUAUUUUAUUAACUGCAUAGCCUUAGAUUUUGAAAGUUUGAUCAGAUGUAUAUUUUUUUCUGUAGAAUUCCUUUUUAGUAACAGAGAGCAAAGUAACGUAAAUUGCCGUCUAUAGCGCCGUCCCCCCCCCCCCCCACAUCACCUACACACCCCUAGCCCAAAACACACCCCCGCUUAUAAGCCCCCCCGCGAAAACAACCACCCCCCCACCCACUCACACCCACCUCGCACUCAAACAGACUCGUCCCAUUACUGUAUCCAUGUUCACUGUUGAUCUUACUCGUUCAAUUACUUUUUCUGUGUUAUUGUUAUUUAUUUAAUCCUUUUUAUGAAACAGAAACAAAAGUAACGAAAUUGCCCCUCUAAGGCCCCCCCCCCCCCCCCCGCUUUAGGCCCAACAACCCGGAAAACAUAAAACCCAUUCGAUUAAAAGCCCCCCGUGGAUAUAAGCCCCCCCCCCCCCUAGCUUGAGGACCUUGUAGUGAAAAGAAUUUUUUGUUGUUAUUUCAUGUUUGUUUUUUGUUAUUAUGAUUCAUUUAUUAUUUUUGUUUAUUUAUUUAUUUUUUAACAAUUAAGUUAUUGUAAUAUUUUAUUAGGUUUAUUACUAUAUAAGUGUACAUUAUGAAGUUUUGAAUCUUAAUUGCUAUCAUCAUUGCUAGAGCAUGUUUGAAAGCGCUUUUUCUAUUCAGUUAUCAGCCCCCUGGGAUAUAAGCCCCUCUAUUUAGAAGUUCUCUUAAAACUCCCUGCGAAGCUGUGUAAGCCCAGGGCUUAUAACGCGGAGUUUACGAUAGUUCAAAAGAACAAGUGUUCUAUUGGCUUUAACUUUGUUAUUUUAAGGAGGUGGUUUCGCUAGAAGUCUCGCAAGUUUUUGAACAACUUGCUCUAGCAUUACUUGCUCACAUUUUCCUCGUUCACCCCUUUUGUCUCAUGCAGGUAAGACACGGACAAGACCUUGGCAUCCACAAAGAGGACGGUGCAGUUCUAGUCGGCAUCAUUGCAAUGUCUGAAACAAUUGGAAAGAUUUUCUAUGGCCGAAUUGCUGAUCAUCCACGUGUGAACCGAAUUUAUCUGUAUCAGAUGUGCAUGUUGGUCUGUAGCGUUCUUACCACUCUUCUUCCUAUUUUGACCUCCUAUAAAUCCCUGUUAGCCUAUUGUAUAGUAUUUGGCAUCCACGAUGGCGGCUUUGUCGUUCUUGUAGCCGUAUUAAUAGGAGAUGUCGUCGGAAGGAGAAAGAUGGCUUCAGCCUAUGGGAUCAUGUAUUGCAUUACUGGCAUUCCAAUGAUGCUAGGAGCACCAAUAGCUGGUAAGUGUUGCAUUGUGGGUGCAGCUGACAACUAAACUUAUUUCAGCCAGGGGUGAUCCAAUCAUAGUCACACUGAGACUCUUCUCUCAAGAGGAGCCAUAGCAAAUGGCAUGGGUCAUUCUUUUACUUACUUAUUUUUUAAAAAAGAGUUUGUUUUUUACUACGGUCGAUAGAACGCUUGACUGCUAAGUUGAGGUCGCGGGUUCGAUACUCAAGGCCUGGUUGUUCAAAGCAGGGUUACGAUAAUCAAGGGUUAGUGCCAUCAGAUAUGAAAGCUUAAAAACCAAAUUCAGUUUAAAUUCUUUUUGUUUACAAUUAGUACUUUCGUGCUAAAUACAUUGACACUCAAAUAUAGUGCUUGUUUAUCGUUUGUCUGACAAUAGUCACUUAGGUGUUGAUCACUACGUUUGGACUACGUUCUGCAGGUCUUUAUCAGGAGGUGCUGCGUCCUCUAUUAACGCCAACAAUAGGCUGAUUUAGCAACAGAACGGGAACUUCACUUGACGACGGCGCGCGCAAAUCAAACAACUGGCUUGACCAAUGGCAGAGCGGCAAAUUGAGCACCGGAAGUCGUGUUGAGUCUUUUCCGCGCGCUUUCCCGUCGUCAUCUGACGUUCCCGUCCUGUUGCUAAAAAACGAAACCCACUAACUCAGCAUAUUGCCCAGGCGUUCUCUCUUGCCUCGUUGCCUGCGCGAAGUCUGGGAAAGAGCGGGCAGCGAGUCUCUCUCGGUGACGCUACAUCUCACGAUAGAGUCCAGGAUUGACCCGGCAGAGAACGCCUAGGGACUAGGCUGCCACCAACCAUGAGUGAGGUUCGUGAUACACCAAUCCCUAGCAACCACGAUGGUAGUAAUAGCAACUCUCAGUAAGUUGACACUAAUAAUGACCUGCAAACGCGCGAUUAACAACUAAGUGGCGAAACAAGCGACAGAAAUGAAUACACAUGCCACCCUUGAAUGAUAUUUAUUUUUGUUUCAAUCUUUUCGUCGGUUUCUUAUAGGAAAAUUAAUUAAUAUGACAUGCAUAUAUUCUCUGGUAUGUCUUCUGCUUUACGUUCACAUUUCAUUACAGUUUUACUGUUUUGUUGAUGAUGUGUAAAAAAAGGGUACGACGCACAAAAAUUUAAUAUAGCCCUGGGGGAAGGGACGAAUAGAGACCUUUGUGAUGAGUGUGAGUUUUAAAUUUCCAAACAUGUGCUUUGUGAUUAGAAAAAAUCCGCCGCGUCCAACUUUUUUCCCUGUCUAUUUUUUUCAUUAUUUUUUAUUUGUUUAUUAUACCUAUUUUAGGAUGGAUGUAUCCUAUUCUCCAGUCGUACGUUCCUGCGUUUUACAUGUCCGGCGCCUUCACUACACUUGGAGUAUGUCUUUUGUUUCUGAUUCCUUUUCUACUUCCUCCUGAAAUUGCUCAGGAGUGGCGCAUGCGUAGAAAAGGUUAUCGGGUGCGUAUCCCAUCCUCUACCUCAAGUCAAGCAAUAAAAUCAUUGACUUUGGAUUCCGGAUCGUUCUCUUCUGAGUCGGAAGCUAAUGAUAGGAAAGUUUCGGAGUCUGGCAAAGGGGUGGAGAGCUAUGAAAAGAAAGAUCUUACCGUUUGGUCGGUAAAAGAUCAUGUUGAAUUGGAGGUUGUCAAAGAAAAACCGGAUACAUCAACUGUAGGAUAUGUGCGAGAAAAAUACUUUUCUAUGCCUAAACUCGUAAAUCAACAAGACUGCCUUUUGGGAUAUUUUAGUGACUAUUUUAGGGAUUCAGACGACGUGUGGAUUCACUCUUUGGACCCGAACAGAGAGACUAUGGUUUAG